AUGGAGAUUUUGGCAUGGAAUUGUCGCGGAUUGAACAACCCCGCGUCGGUUCAUGCACUGCAAUUGCUUAUUCAACAGAGGCAACCAUCAAUUAUCUUCUUGUCAGAGACGAAGAUAGCUGACUGGGAGUAUAUGCGGGAUUUGAGAUUGCGCAUUGGGUAUUUGAAUUGUGAGGCCGUGUUUAGUGUCGGUCCGUCUGGUGGAGUGGCUAUGUUCUGGUCUGAUGGCGUGGAUAUCAAGUUUCGCUCUAAAUCCUUGAACCAUAUUGAUGUGGAAGUAAAAGAAUCCGAUGGUUCUGGGAUUGUUUGGCGCCUUACGGGUUUGUAUGGACACCCGGCGACGGUAGACCGUCAUCGCACUUGGGCGUUGCUCCAUUCGCUUAGUGCAGAAUGCUCUCUUCCCUGGGUGGUGGUGGGUGAUAUGAAUGAACUGUUGCACGCCUAUGAGAAGGAGGGUGGUGUAGUGUGCAGGGAAAGCCAAAUGCAGCCAUUUAGAGAUAUUCUAUCUUUCUGCGACCUUUUUGAUCUGGGCUUCCAGGGUUCUCCUUUUACUUGGAGAGGGCCGGGGAUGCGCAACCGCCUUGAUAGGGCUGUAGCCACGGCGACCUGGACUGAUGUGUUCACUGCAGCUAGGGUUGUUCAUUUGGCCCCCAUUCAUGGUGAUCAUACUCCUAUUCUUUUGGGAGUCUACCGUUGUAGCAUUACUGUUCAGGAACAUCGUCGACACAGGUUUCGGUUCGAAAGUUUUUGGACAUUGCAUGAUGAAUGUCAGGAUGUCGUGAGACAGGGAUGGGACACCAAUGUACUUGGUUUCCCAUGA